AUGGCAUCGGCUUCUGCUGCGGCGGGAGCCGGCGCGGAGACAACAAGCAGGAGAGAGUACAUCAUGAGCGAGCUGCAACAAGUGCGGGAGUUGUUCCCUGCGCCCAUGAUACAGGCUGCUAACACGAGCUUCGUCCAGGUCGUUGUCAUGCGAACUCCCUACGCUAAGAUCCAAGCGCGGUUGCAGUUUCCAGACGACUACCCGGCUAGGUCGACAUCCCCGAUCUUGGAGCUCACAAGCGCCUCUUUGCCCCAGCCUUUCCUGAGGAAGCUCAUCAAGAGCGCCGAGGAAGCCGCUCGGGCGUGCACCCCGACAGCGGCGAAGAGCGAAGCCGUAGGCGGCGGCGAGACGGGGAAGGCGGUGGCCGCUCUGAAGGUCGUGGUGGACGCCGUGAACAAGAACAAGUUUCUGCCGUGCUGGAAGGAAUUGAGACAGGCGGCAACGCUCGUGACGAGCCUAGGAGGGGGCUUUCGCGCAGACGAGGAAUCAGGUCUGGUGACGAUCCGGGUAAAGUCUGGGCGAUACACCGUGGUGGCGUUGAUACAAGUGCCGGACGGGUACCCGAUGGAGGGCUGCGGCGUGGAGUUGAAGUCGCACAACUUUCCGGCGCAUAUAGCGCGUCGUCACCUCGUGCAGGGCGAGGAAAUCGUACGACGUUGCCUUUGCGGGUACAGCCCGGAAUUAGCUCUCCAGACGAGCAACCCCAUCAAAAUUCCCCCAGGGAGAGGUGGGAAGCCCGCGGGGUCGGGAAACGUUCGCAUCACCAGCGAGCACGUGCGGAACCUGAAGCACGACGUGGAAUUCAUCAAGAAGGCGCACGAUCUGCGCGACGUGGGCGAGGGCAAGAACAAGCCUAACGCAAAGGUUGCACCGCCGAGCACGCAGGAGAGACGGGCGGCGCGGAGAGAGCUCAAGACCCUCGCCAAGACGGAAGCCGUGAGCGAAGAGGAGCAGGCCAAGAAACUGGCCGAGCUAGAGCUCAAGGAGCAGGAGGAGCUCCUGCACUCCCAGCUGAGUGAUACCUCGCAGCCGUCGCUGCUGCCGCUGGUCGAUUUCCUGGUGAACGUGUUUGGGUGGAGACUCCCCCAGGAGACGUGUGUCGCGUGCGACAAAAGAGUCAUGCCGGAAGACCCUCGUCACCCAUCCCUCAGAGACCCUGCACACAAGGAGAGACCCACCAGGGUGUUCUGCGGGCAUUGGUUCCACUACGACUGCCUCCGCGUGUGGAUGACCGAGCCACCGUUCGCGAAGGACUGCCCUCGGUGCGGACACCGCGUUUACCACCCGGACUGGCCGCAGGAACCCAAGCAGCUGGAGAAGGCAUGGGCGAACAGGCAGGCGAAGCGAAGGGAGGUCGGAGAAGUGCGAGACUUCUUUACGGUGGAUGCGAGGUUCCAGACCGGGGUGGGGCGGGGGGACGACUUCGGCGCCUUCAGCUAGUUUUCUUGCGAGAAUAUUGUGCGUGUCUGUGUUGGUGGGGCUCUUGACGCACGAAACGAGUUACCUGGUGGCACGGUAGUCCUACCACUCUCUGGUGUUUGUUGUGUACUGCCUUUUGUUGAUCAUAAGAAGAAGUAGGUCGGCGGGUGAAAGAGCCACCUCCUUCGACGGGAAAUCUUGUUUUGUUGACAUCCGGAUAGGGGAGUAAGCUAAAUAGCGGACAACCACAACAUGUGAAUACGAAUAUGCUAGAUC